UCACAGACGCAUUUACAAUGUGUGUAUUUGUGUGUACGGUGUGGAGGUUCCCUACAAUAAGGUUAAACUCUCUUGUAUUCUUCUGGGUAACUUGGUAACCAGAGUUUUACUCAGAGCCUGGUACACUUUAAAGCUAGAAGUUGGCCAGAGGAGAGAAACGUUUAAGACUUUACAGUGUGUUUGAAAAGCUCACAUGCCAACAACUGGUAAGCUGUUUUUGAAUAUUAUACUUGUGUAACAUUGUCGUUUGACAUUAUUUUUGAAUUUGGUGCCAAGUCAUUUUCACAUCAGCAGAAUUCCUUUUUUUUUCAGUGAUCCAUGCCUGUUUUCUCUAAGGGUAACCUCAAUAGUGGAUUUGCCAUGAGAUCUAAGUCCAAAGACCUUCAUCAAUCAAGCACCCUUGUACACUUGUUACCUGUUGCUGUAAAAAAGGCAAGCGAUGAAGUCAAAGCCGAGCUGAGGAGGAGGACGGCAAUUCAAGACAGCAUUGCAGACCCAGACCAAGAGGCGAAGGCCCGGCGUCAAGCUCAGCUGGAGCAGCGCCAUCUAGAGGCGUACAGGAACAUGCACCGUCUCCGAGAUGCUCUCCAUAGCCGCUACGCUGCCCUACUCAAAGAAAAGGUCCACUCACAGAGGUUACUGCUGCAGCAGAGAAAUGACACAGCCAGAGUGAAGUCUGAGAAUGAAAUGAAGCAGAAACAAAAGAAGUUGGCCUUCUCCAAGCUGCAGCACAAUGACUCAUACCUGAAGUCCCUCCCCAAAACCAGCUAUUACCUGAUAUUUGACCUCCAGAAGCAGUUAGCUGAGCGUGGACAUCUGAAAACCCACAACGACUUGGAGGACUUUUACAGGUGCAUCAAAUAUAGACAUCACCCGUCACAGCUACAUAAAAGUCUGGAGGAUGUCAGGAAAAGGAUGCUCGGAAGCAGAUCUGCAGCUGAUUUGAUGACACAAUACAAGACGUCAGAAAAACAUCCUUGCGCUGCUGAAGAGACUGGACGUGAGGACCACAUUUCUCAGUCCAGGUUAUCAGAGCAAAGGUCUGGUUCAGAGGAGAGUUCAGCGGAGCUGAUCUUUGGUGGCAGCCAGGAGAAGGAUGAAAUCGAGCAAAUGUUUCCCAAGGUAUAUGAGAAGAUUAAUACCACCCUCAUGUCUGUACAGUUAUCAGAGCAAAGGUCUGGUUCAGAGGAGAGUUCAGCGGAGCUGAUCUUUGGUGGCAGCCAGGAGAAGGAUGAAAUCGAGCAAAUGUUUCCCAAGAUGAAAGCCCCCACAUUUGCAACCUUACAGCCUAACUUUAUGAGGAACUUCCAGAGCAAGAUGCCGGAUUUGAUUAUCUCUGAGAUUCCUGAGAAGAGCAGGAAAGCAGAGAUUUACUUGAGACGGCUGAGACAAAUGCAUGAUCUUUGUUUAACCAACAUGGAUUUCUCCCAAAGACUGCUGGACAGGGAGACGGACUCACUGUACUGGCAGGAGGAGCGAGGCGACCAAGAUUUGGUGCUUCCAGGCAUUGACUCCAAACAAGGAAAGAUGAGCCAAACCAACCAGCCACCUCCCUGCUCUCUGAAACAGCCAAGAAGUGUCCUGAAUGACCAGCCUUCAUGUCCCCAACGGCAAAGCAGAACGACUUUGACCAGCCGCCGACGCUUUGAGACUCUAGUUUGGGACACAGCAGUGUGCUGCCGUAAAACACCUGAUCCCUUAUCCAUUGAAGAUGUGUGUCAACAAAAGCAUGUAGAGAUAAUUGACUGUGGGUUUAAGCUGUGGAGAAACUAUGCUGAAAACACAGAUCACUGAAGAUAUCUGCACCAUCGCAUCUCUUUAUGGGGAAUAUGUGCCGUUAUUAUUGUGUCAAUUACCUGUAAUGUACAGUUUACUAUUAAUCUAAAUCUCUCAUCUGUGUCAGAUACACUUUACUCCCCUUUUUUACAUUAAAAUCACGUGUUUUGUCCAUGUCACACUGGUUAACUACUAUUAUGUACUUUUAUACUGUCAUAACAAUAUUCUACAUAAUAACAAUUCUAUAUUAUAUUUUAGUAAUUAUUCAAUUAUUUAAAUACAUCACUUGUUGAUUUUAU